UUCUGCUUGAUGAUGAACAGCAUGGUUGACGACGUCGCGCCCUCAAGCCAUGUUCCUGCCAAGCGCAAGAACGACGAAGACUCUCCUCCACGUAAACGCCAAGCGCUGGAGACGCCAACAUCGCCGUCGACGCCCACGUGGAAUCAACUUCACGUGGCAAGUCGUGGGCCUCUUCCGUUCUCAACUACUCCGCCCUUGAUGCAACACGCAGCUCUAUCGACAUCUUGUAGCGUCCAGACGACGAGCUCGACGACGCGCUCGACGGACCUGCCCCCUCGUGCACGUUUGGACCUAGACCAGGUCGCUGAAUUGGCUGAGGGUAUUUCCGAGAGGGAGGCUCUGCUAAGCGAUGGCUCGGCCGUUUUUGCGUACUGGCAACAGCUUCUCGAGAUGCAUCGAAAUUGCCCAUUGUCUCAACAAGCCACCGAAUCCUUCGAAGUCGCUGUCGGCGCUCUCAAGACGUUUAGCGAGGUUGCGAAGGACUUGCGUGCAGUUGAUGAUGCCACGCGUGCCUUUGCGGUGUCAUCGACGGCCCGCAACAUGCAGUUGUGGAUGCAAUUUGUGGCACGCGUCAAGACGACCAAGACUUGCAUCGCCAAGUUUGAGAACAGGCACGCCGUAAUGUGCCGUGCUCUGCGCCGUUUGAAAAGUCUUUUGGACAGCAUCGAGCAGUACAAGAUCGCGCGGUGCUUGCCCGGUCCUGUGGCUCCGCGACGGGCCGGCAUGCUUGCUCUCGUCAACGAGUACGACCGCAUCAUGAACCUCAAGCGCAAAGUUGAAGACUUGUUGCUCGUGCAAGGCCGUGCCGCGUUGUCCACGGCGCUGCGUGUUGUCCGCGACGCCGCUUACUACCCGUCGCUCAUGCAGCGGCGAAUGGCGACAGCUCGGCACGUUCUGGACGUGCUUUUUGCGUAUAUACGCCAAGUUCUCGCCUUCCACACCCGAGUGUGGACCCCGCCGUCCCAGGGCUCGUCGGAGAUUUGGACGAAAUCGACGUUUGAGGUCAAGGAGGUCAAGUUCGGAGCCCUGGAGCAUUUGCCAGAUGUCAACGGUACGCGGGACCCCGGGCUCCCGACGCGGGCGCGCUACAUCAACUAUGGAGACGUUGCGGACUUCCGUACACAUUUCGGCGACGUCGGCCUGGACAACUCGUUCUCACCGGAAGUCCUCGAAGUGGAUGGUACGUUCUAUCUCAUCGACGGUAACCAUCGCGUUGCCGCGCUACGUGCCAUGGACGACGCUGAGCUCGCGCCGCUGCUGGCGUCGCGCAACUACCAAGGGCGACUUGAGGACAUGCCGAUCACCGUGCGUGUUGCGCAAGACGCGACAGAAGAAGAUGUCAAAAAGAUGGCCAGGGCCAAGAACGUCGCGAUUACCCUCUCAACCAACUCGGUCUUUUACACGUGCUCGGCGAUGGACACCGCCAUCUCGGAUGCGUUGGGCGCGGAGUUCUCGCGCGCCGGCUCUUGGCAUCGACAGGACUACACCAACCUGACCGACGAGAACCGCGAGGACAUCAAGAAAAUGGAAGCAGCUGUCGAGAAGGCGGCGCGUGGGUCCGAUCCCAAGAUGCAAUGCAUGCGACGUACCACCGCGAUGCUCUACGCUCUCAACGUCAACGGGUUCUUGUACUCGUUGUGCAAGGACGUGAACUCGUUCCGUUCCACAACAAGUAUGUACGUGAUGCGGCGUGUCGCCGAGGGUCUUGUGCGGUCGUACGAGGAGCUUCUGGCGCUUGACAUGGCGCCCGUCGUGCAACGACAUGCCUGGCAAGCAGGCAGCGUGGUCUCGGAAGACGCUCAGUUGACCAACAGCAUCCUAUGUGCUCUCGCGCAAUGCUGCGUCCUCCACAAGGAGACGUUCCGUCCUGGCAUGGGCCUGGCAUCGAUAUGGCGCGACGACCUCACUGUCGACGACGUCAAGGGCAUCUUUUUCAGCAAGACCCCGUGGGCCGCGUACGACGAAGAGUACUUCAAGUUCCAAGAUCGAGUUCUCGAGUCCGCGCGCGAAGGCCAGACGAGCAUCCAUGCGCAGCUCAAGGACUAUGUACACCGCCGUGCGAAGACUAUGGCCAACAAGAAAAGUAUCGCAAGGAAGACGGAAGGGAGCUCAGGCCAGUCUGUCGCCAAAGAAACGUAUGGCGGCGCCCGUGUGCUCGAUGCAGAAGUCGAGAAGUCUCAGGAGUACACCCAGCAACUCUCGACGGUGUCACCAGACGAAACCCCAGUCAAUGACCUCUUUCCGCAAGUGGAAUCGGUCCGUGAGUUCGUGUGCGGCUGCCGUCCUUCAGUCAACACUGCUGCUGUCAACAAUCCGGCCCCAAGCACGAGCAAAAAGUCUUCCAAGAAAUCGAACCGAGUUGACUACGACAAGAACAAGGCUUCGCAUGACGACGACGAGGAAGGAGCCCGAGAAAGAGCUGUCGCGGUCAACAGCUUGUCAGAAGUUGGUGACGCCGCACGCGUUGCCUCGGUCGCCGAUAGCACUUGCUCCGCCUCCUCUCCCGCGGAGGCGGGUGCUGUGCCCGAGGUCGCCGUUCCAAAAACUCAAAAGCCGGCGGUCCACAGCAAGCGUUCGGAACGCGAAACACAUCGCGCGCUUCGUCUGCCAUGUGGGACGCGCGACGGCGUGACGGAGCCGUCGCCCGUCGAUAUUGGCGAAGACUUUUUUGACCAAGGUGAGGCCGUGCAACGAUUUGCCAGCGCGUUUGAGACGUGCAAGAAAAAGAACGGCGACGCACCGAGCGACAUUCAUGUUUUGAGCUUGUCCGGAGCGGCGCUAUUGGCCAUGAGCUCUGCUUUGUCGACCGGCGAGCGCAUCGAAGUUGGCAUCACGACCGAGGCAUUCAAGCGCAUCGUGGACUUGAUGUCGGCUCGCAACAUAUAUUACGUUUGAUUUGUGAGAACUGCCUAUGAAACCUAUUGCAUUAAGGACUUGUUGUUUCCGCUACUGAUGGAAGUCGGUCCAACUGCGAUGGCGCUUUGUCUCUCGAUUGGCC